GCAGAUUCUGAGAACCUUAAUCUUCAUUGCUCAUCGAUUGAGACAAACUCCGGAACAUAAGGAUUUGGAUAAAAAACGAUCGCUCUUGGGGAAAACUGAUGUUUAAACAUCAUGUCUCAAACGAGAGAUGUUAAUAACACUGAUAAUAAAGCGCUCGAGAAGUUGACAAAUGUGGUCCUGGGCCUAGAAAAGGCUUACUACGAUGGUGUUGGCGCUCUGAAGCUAGAACACAUGUACGGAUAUUGGGGCCUGCAGUUCAAUUUCCAGUUUGGGUACUUCUUCUACGCUUUACCUCCCGUUGUAACGAUCAGUAUGUUCGUCAUCUUCAAACGGAGAAAACUCCUAGGGGUGACACAGAGGUUCAUUUUAUGCAUCAUGGUUAUGGAUUUAUUCUACACCACGAUCUCGAGCAUCCGUGACAUCUUGUUGAGGGCUUUCCAGAUGCAUUAUGGGUUCAUGGAAUUUCGGGUUUGCUCGGAAAUCAUCGUCUCUUUUCGUGUACAAUUGUUUCUCCAUGUAACCUCUAUCUGGCUGAAAACCCUGAUGGCGCUACACCAGGUUCUAUUGAUAGGAUUCCCGUUCAAAGUAAAAAAACAUAAUCUAUCUGCUUACUUUAAAACCUUUAUUUUUGUCCACGGGAUCUUGUGUGUGUCAUUUUUCCUCUUUCUCAGCGCUCCAGUUUUCGAACCUGUUCCAUUGAUUCAGGAAUUCAGACCAGGCUAUGCUCUCAAAAAGAUCCUUGGCUGUAGAUAUUCUCACUCAAGAGUUGUCGCAGACAUCAAUAUUUCGUUAGAAGGGUUGGUAAUAACAUAUGCUCUUUAUAUCUACAACCAACUCCUUCCGUUUACUCUUCAUUGCAUUAUCAUUGUUGUCCUCGUUGUCCUUUUGACCAAACAAAUUCGGGUUCUUUUGGUUCUCUCUGGAAACAUCGCUAUCGAGCGAGUCAAAUACAUAUUGUUAAUGAAGGUAAACAUAGCUCUUGGAUUGUCUUUCGUGCUUCAGGAACUUCCAGUGAUUACUUUCACAAUGUACCAGUUUCUUUUCAACUCUGAUCGCCUAGAUAGCGACAAGACUGGUAUGCAAUAUCAAGGCUAUGUCACUGUUAUUAUGUCAAUUUCCUUCUGCAUUGGUAAACCCAUUGAUUUACUCAUCUACAGCAGCCUGAGUAAAGCUUUUAAGGAAGAGUUGAAACACUUGCUAUGGAGUUUGUUUAAACCCUGCAGGAGAAAUGUAAAGAUUGCAGAUAACAUUCGUAGUCGGUAACGGUGUCUUCCUUCCAAGAAACACGGAGGAAGUCAAAGGAACUGCUUCAAGUAAAGGGCAAGUGUGAUAUAAGGACACUUUAAACCCGAAACACACGCACACGCGUACGUGCUUCUAUGAUGAUGAACUUAAAAUGAUUGUUUUUGCAGUCUAUAUCUCCAGAUCUGAUUUACUGUUCUGUACUGUCUCUUUGUGUUACGUGUUUUGAAAUCACGUGAUUCUUAUAAAUAAAA